AUGCGGCUGGACGAGCCGGCGGAGAGCCUGUACGCGAGCGAGCUGCGGCGGGACCCGCUCUGCUGGGCGGCGCUGCUCGACCGCGCGCGAUUCCGGCUCGAGCGGGCUGCGUGGGGGCUCGCUCUCUCUGACCUCGAGCUGGUCGUGGCGAUGGGGCAGGCGGCGGCGGACGUGCUCAACGACCUCGGCGUCUGCCGCUUCGAGCUGGGCGAGCCGGGGAAGGCGAUGGAGGACUUCGAGGCGGCGCUGGAGGCCGACGAGCAGCACGCCCACGCGACGCUCAACCGGGGGAACUGCCACCGGCUUGCGGGCCGGCUGGCGGAGGCGAGGGCAGACUAUUCUCGCGCGACCAGCCUCGACCCGCGGCUGGUCGCCGCCUUCAACAACCGCGGCGCCCUGUCGCUGGUGGAGGGGCGGCACGCGGACGCGGUGGCUGACCUCGAGGAGGCGGUGCGGAUCGACCCUCACUCCGAGGUGGCGCUGCAGAACUGCGAGCUCGCGGCGGCGGCGAGCGAGCGGACCGGCCUCACCCUCAACGAGCGGGUCGGCGUGACCAGCGUCCUCCGCCCCGACGAGGCGGCACACUCACGCCCCUCACCCACGCGCACCGGGCCUCGGCACUGCCCAUUGCCUUGCGCCGCUCCUGCCCUUUAG